CUCAAUCUUUAUUUUGUUUCGUCACUAACAUAACCUUAAAGACGAAUAAUGUUUAUAUAUUGUACAGAAUAAAAAAUUUAUUCAAUUAAAAAAGUAUAUAUUUUCAAAAACAAUGAGAGUACUCGAACUUUAUAGCGGAAUUGGAGGAAUGCAUUAUGCUUUCAAUGAAAGUAACGUCGAAGGAGAUGUAAUUGUAUCAAUAGAUGUAAAUACCGUCGCAAAUGAAGUUUACAGGCACAAUUUUCAAAAGACAACAAAAAAUAUCAGCAGGAAUAUUCAAUCAUUGAACAUUAAUGAAAUAAGAAAAUUUAAUAUUGAUACAAUUCUCAUGAGUCCACCUUGUCAGCCAUUUACAAGAGUGGGACUAAAGAAAGAUAGUUUAGAUAAAAGAUCUGAAUCAUUGUUACAUAUUUUAAAAUUAAUACCUCAAAUUGAAACAUUAAUGUAUAUUAUUGUGGAGAAUGUCAAAGGAUUUGAAUCAUCUAAUACGAGAAAUGAACUUGUUAAGUGCCUUGAAAUGAAAUUUAAUUAUAAAGAAUUAUUACUAAGUCCAUGUCAAUUUGGCGUUCCUAAUUCACGACAAAGAUAUUAUCUUUUAGCAAAAAGAAAUGAUCUUAAUUUCUGUUUUAAAGAUUCAUCAAUUAUUAAUUGUCUUCCCGAUAAUAUUCUUAAAAUUUUACCUCAAAGUCGUCAUAGAUUAUUAGCUAUUAAAGAUGGAUGUUUAAAUUCAACAAAUUGUUAUAAAUUACGACAUAUUGUUGAUGAAAUUGUUGAGGAAAAAUAUUUAAUUUCAGAAAAAAUACUUCAAAAAUAUUCUUCAAUUUUUGAUAUAAGAAAUAAUAAUUCACAUGGAUCUUGUUGUUUUACUAAAGCUUAUGGACAUUAUGUAGAGGGAACUGGUUCAAUUUUUUGUCCCUAUUCAGAUGAAAUAAUUAAUGAGAAUUUUCAAAAACUAAAGAAUUAUCGAGAAGUGCCUUUAGAGGAAUUGAAAUUGUUAAUUGAUUUAAAAUUACGUUAUUUCACACCAAAAGAAGUGUCAAGACUUAUGUGUUUUCCAGAGGAUUUUUCAUUUCCAAAUAGUAUUACCAAUAAACAACGAUAUAGACUCUUGGGUAAUUCAAUUAAUGUUCAUGUUGUUAGUCAAUUGAUAUUUCUUUUAAAUCACGAAAACGCAAAUAGCUGACAUAUUGUACAAAAUUAUAAAUGUUAUUCAAAUUUCCUUUUUUUGUUCGUAAUAUCUUGCAAUAAAUAUUACAGUUAAAAAUCCA